AUGGUUUUUAAAAGUCCAGGAGAAAUAGGAAAAAAGUAUCUAAACAAUUUAAAUAGAAUUCGACAAAAUACAAUAAAUAGGAGAUGUUUAUUUGUAAAUAACAUGAAAAAAAGUAAAAAGAAAAGCUCAUCGGCUCAUGCAGAUAAAGAUUACGGCUUAGCUGAGCCCUUGAUGGACACUAUAUCAGUGGAGGAACUAGAAACUAAAAAAAAUUGUUUUUUAAAUAAAUUAAAGACUGUUAACUUACAUCAGCUAAAUUUGGAUACACGAGAUCAAAAUGGAAAUUUAAAAUCGUUUCAAGAGCGGAAAAAACGUCUGACGGCUUCCAAAUUCGGUGAAAUUUGUAAAAUGAGGUCAACUACUAGCUGCAGACGACAAGUGCAUGCAAUUAUAUACAAUCCACAAAUAAAGUCGAAAGAAAUGGUGCAUGGUAUUGAAAUGGAACCGUAUGGUCGAAAAAAGUUUGAGGUUGUAAGUGGAUUAAGUGUUGAGACUUGUGGUCUAAUUGUAGACAGCGAAAUUACAUUUUUGGCUGCUAGUCCAGAUGGUGUUGUCGGCGAUGACGCUAUUCUUGAAAUAAAGUGUCCAUAUAUUGCAAAGGAUACAAACGAUGUAACCGAAGCAGUAAAUAAUAAAUUGUUACAAUAUUGUACACUGUUACCUACAAAUAAUGGUCAACAGAUGGUGCAAUUAAAAAGAGAUCAUAAUUAUUACUACCAGGUGAUGGGGCAGUUACACAUUACAGGAAGGCAUCUUUGUUAUUUUGUUAUAUAUGCAACUAAAUGGAUACAUAUAGAAAAAAUUUUUUACGAUGCCGAGUUUUGGGAAACAAAAAUGGUUGGAAAACUUACUGCAUUCUAUAUGGAUUGUUUAUUGCCGGAAAUAGUAGAGCCUUUAUAUGGUAAACGCCUAUUAGUGUCUGAUAUUCGAGAACCAGCAAGAAUUAUAGAGGCUCAAGAACUAAAUAAUAAAAAAAAAUCAGCAAAAAGACUAAAUAAAUAA